AUGAAUACCUACGCGUUCACGGUCCCUGCGCGGGUCAAGGCCCAGGUGGUUCCUCAGAACGGCCUUGACAGCGCUGAGUUCGCGACGUGUUUGUCCUCGCUGCAGCGGAUCGCAGAGGUCAGACUGGUAGACGUGAUGCCGUGUGCCGGGCUGUUCAACCCGCAGGCGUAUCCCCAGGGACACGUGAUGUACGACUUCACCACGGACGAUCAGGAUGCCUCGCAGCUGUUUCUGCUUGAUUUCGAGCCGUUUCGCAAAGUGUUCAAUACCAUAGGCAUUCUCAAGUGGACCGAGGAACUGGACGACGGAAAACUAUCAUCUCUGCACAAAAAUCUCAAAUCCCAGCACCCCAGCUCUCUGGGCCACUACAGCCUUGUUUUUGGGGCUCCAAAGGACUACAAAAGCGCCGUGCCUAACGUUUUCGCGGUGCUCGGCGACUUGGCCAACAUCGAGACGGUGAUUUGCGACGUGACGUCUAGCUUUCUCGGAAACCUUUCUGUCUACGUUUCUGCGUACCAGCACGUGACUCUAAGGUCGCCUGGGAUUGCCAGCGGCAGCGUUGCCAACGGCACGGCGAAAAAGCGGAUCUCGUCCUCUUUUGAGAGCCAGGACAAAAUCCGGGCCCAUAGAAACAAGGGCCGGCGACAAAAACUGUAUGCGAACUUCUACCUGCUGGCCGGCAACCUCAAGAACGCAUUGGCCGAGUUCUGCGAGAGUAUUUUGAAUUUGCAGUAUGCUGGCGACUAUCUGUGGCUGGCGUCUGGGUUAGAAGGACUGGGUCUGUGCAUGGCGCUGUUGGUGAAGCUGGAGGCGCCUUUCCAGCUACCGACAGAAAUUCUGGCACUGCUGGACAACGUCAAAAAGACGACACAAUCGCCUAUCGUCUCGCCUCGGCCGUCCUUUCAGUCAGCAAACGGCUUCCCGACCCAGCCAUCAAGUGCCGUGUAUUCCGUCGAGGCGGUCGAAAACCUCAUCAUCAAGGCGAUCGGCAAGUCCUUUGCGUACUACAGACAGAGUCUGCAGACGCCCGAGGACUACGCUCCGCAGAUGGUGCUGUGCGAGAGCAAUCUCCGGUAUAUCGACUAUCUGAGCUCCGUCAACGUCCACGACAGCGUGGAGCUGAUUUGCGGCAUCACAAGCGAUAUUUUCAACGAGCGAUUUGUGCACCUCCCGCCUACACAGCAGUACCGGAUCUACAACUCGAUGAUUCACGUCUACGGCAGGCUGAAUAUGGGGAGAAAACGGGCAUUUUUGAUUCGCGAGCUUCUGGAGCUCGUUCUGAAGCACCGACUGAUUGCAGAAGAGUCGUACGAUGGACAGCUGGAGGAGCUGCUGGACUCUGUGUUGCAAGUUUACGGAAUUGAUCGCCAAAAGCCACCAAACCAGAUUCAGAAAAAAGUGCUCGUGUCAGUGUUCCGAUUCUGCCACCACAUCAAGUACCACAAGGGAGUCGCAAAGUACGGCUGUUUUUUGCUGCGCGACUUCCACGUGAUGCUCUCAGAAAACGAACAGUCGCAUAUAUUUGGCAUUCUGUGCCAGCUCAACCAGGCGUAUCCCUACUGGGAUGACCAUCUCGUGCAAAACAUCAGUCUGUACCAGAAAGACAAGCUGAUCCAGGACGAACUGUGCGAGGCGGCGAUUGUGCUGCAGAACCCGUAUUUAUUUGAGCUGGAGGUGAAAAAUAUCAAGGUUGCAACCAACGGGUUCCCUGUUAAAACACAGCUGAAUCUGAAAAGCAGGGUCACUGGCACGUCCAAUACGUCGGUUACGUUAAAGCCGCACUCACAGACCACUGUCUCUGUGUUUGUGGUCCCUCUGAACCACGGAGACAUGGAAAUUACGGGUAUUUCUGCCGUGGUGAGCAAUUGCAAGGAGAGAACGUUCGAGUGGCUGGAAAAACAGCCUACAACGGCGAAAAACCCCGUCCCAGCGUGCAAGCCCCGGUCGUUGACGGUACCGGUGCUCUAUGAACAGCCGCUGCUGAGCCUAGUGGACGUCAAGCUGCCCAAUCGCUGGAUCAUGCUACUCGAAGGCGAGUGCAAGCGGUUUGACAUCGUGAUGAAAAACGCCUCGAAUGUCGAGAUCAACCAGCUCACGACGAAGUUCCUGGACUCGACAAUCGAGCCACUGAACCAGCUGCUUCAGAACAAAAACCUGCCCCCCAACGAGGUGUACGAGAUCGAGUACUACCUGAUCAAAAAGAAACCGUUCAAAAUCCUGAACAAAAACGAGGUUGUGCGGAUCGGGCCGGGCCAGGAGCUCAAACUCGAAAUGGAGAUAUGGGGGAAGCGGGGCGUGAAGGAGGCCAGCGUUAUUCUGGAGUACUCGCACAGAAAACAGGCUUUGCCAACCAAUUUCUUCCGCAAGCUCACCAUUCCCGUCAACGUGACCGUCUAUCCGAGCAUCGAGCUUGUUGGCUGCGACAUCAUCCCGCUCUCGUCGUCCACGAGGAUAUCAGAGUCCAACCAGGGCGCCACUUGGAAGUAUCUGGAGAAAAUGGUGGGCCAGGGCCACCAGAUGUCAGACUUCUGUCUGCUUGCGCUGGACCUGAUGAACUCCUGGACAGAGGAGAUGACGGUCACUUUCCAGUGUCUUCUGGAAGGUUCGAAAGACCACGAGUUCCAGCAGUCGAACGACGCAAUCGAAAACCCACCCGAGGACACCUACACGACGACGAUUGUGCUGCAGAGCAAAAAAAACGCGCGAACCUUGAUCCCGAUAAAAAGAAUCAAUUUCAACUACGAGUACCUCGAUCAGCGGGUCCCAAGUCUUCGCAACAAGCAGUUCAUUCUCGACACCAAGACGCCGGAACCGGAACAGCGGUUUGUCAAGCACGCGUUCUGGUACCGGCACGAGCUGCUGCAGCGGCUGCGCGCGCGGUGGCAGAUCUCACAAACUAACAGUAACUCGAUCUAUGCCGGAAGAGGAGGCAUUAUUGACAUCAGAAGCAUCCGGUUCUCGUCCAAGAUGGUGAGCGCAUUGGAGGUGGAGAAAAUUGGACUGGUUUUGGACGUGCUGGACACCGAGGACCGCAUUGUUGAUCCCGAAUCGUUGGAGCUGAACCAGUUCUACAGUAUACGCCUUAAACUCACCAACAGGAACUCGUGUGCGGUGGCUGGCAUGCUGCGACACGUUCCUGUGUGCCAUUCGCUAUUUGCAUCAAUUGACAAAAAGAUCCUAUACAACGGAGUGUUGCAGUUCAGUAUCGAGAAGCCCGUGCUGCCCAACGAGUCGCGGGAGUUUAUUCUCGGAGUUGCGUUUCUGGAGAAGGGCGAGUACGAGUGGGGGGCCAUCUUUGACGAAAUGAACGGCUACGAGGGGGGAACUAUCUCGCUCAAGCAUCAGCAUCUGCAAAGGGAGCAGCUGAAAAUAAAGGUGGACUGA